AUGGUGUAUCUCAAGACAAGUCAAGAAUGGCUUGACCAAUCCAUGGCACUUCUCGAAGCCCGUCCUUCAACCACACACAUCACCACAUCAUACAAGCUCAAGCCUGGCCCAACACGACCUGAUGCUGACGGCGAUACACCUGUGGCAAAGCCCCCGCGUGGCGCUCUGGUCCUCAAGGCAUUCGACCCCGUCAGCGGAGUCACCAUCAAGUAUCGCACUACAAAGGCGCAAGAGGUGACUCGCCUCAUCCACGCCUCGCUAGGUCGCCUUGGGAGAAGUCAAGCUGCGGUCCCGGAUGUGCCCGAGGUGACGAUGGCAGAAGCUGAGGGCGUGGAGGAGUCACAGGCUCCUACGCCAACACCGCAGACAGCUCAAGGGGGUGGCGGUGGUGGGAAGAAGAAGAAGAAGGGCAAGAAAUAG